AUGUGCAACAGAGUCGACACAGAGUUGGAUCGACUUGAACGAGCCAACAUUAUUACACCGGUCGAUUUCUCGGAGUGGGCAGCCCCAAUCGUCGUUGUUCGCAAGGCAAGUGGCGCGAUCCGUAUAUGUGGGGACUACUCUACAGGCCUCAAUGACACUCUGCAGCCGCAUCAGUACCCACUUCCUCUGCCGCAGGACAUUUUCGCUAGGCUGGCGAACUGCAACGUCUACAGCCAGAUCGACCUCUCAGAUGCGUUCUUGCAGGUGGAGGUGGACGAAAGUUGUCGCGAGUUGCUCACAAUCAACACACAUCGAGGUCUUUAUCGGUACAAUAGGCUUCCACCAGGUGUCAAGGCGGCACCUGGAGCUUUUCAGCAGCUCGUAGAUACGAUGCUGGCUGGACUAAGCUGCACGUCUGGUUAUUUCGACGAUGUUCUCGUUGGCGGGGUCGACGAAGCGGAUCAUUGGCGCAAUCUUCAAGCCGUCCUUCGUCGAAUCCAGGAGUUCGGAUUCACCAUUAAAGCGAAAAAGUGCUCGUUCGGUCAACAUCAGAUCAAAUAUCUGGGACAUCUCAUCGACGGGUAA